GCACAGAGGAGAGAGGGAUAGAAAGAGACACACAGGCAGAGGAAGAGCAGCAUCCUAACGAUCAGCCCCCAUACUCCUUAUUCUGGAAGAUUUGCCAUUAACGACUCCAUAGCCCACUUUGGGUUUUAUAAAGGUUCACUCUCCGCCUUUCUAUUCAACGCUGCUUGGUCCUCGGUGAAGAGAGCCCUCUAGUGUACGAACAGCAGCUCAACAUUUCAUUAUUGGCUUCCCUUCAGCAUCCAACGGGACCUCGUCUCUCUCUUUUCUCAAGGACGUCUUUGAGCUUCGGUGGUGUUACGGCUUCCAAGGCGCUCACAUGAAGAUAGAGGCAGUCCCUGGAGCCCCUCAGGAUGGGGAAUUUGAGUUUGUGCUAGCCGCAGAAAAGGAAUUCGAAGAGAUUAUCUCCAUCUCGCAUGGAAUUUAUGGGGGUCUAGAUUAUCUGCCAAGUCGUUACCACAGCUGGAUCAAUGAGAAGGACCGGAUGGUGGUUUUGGCCAAGAAAGAUGGCACAGUUAUCGGCCUGCUCUCUGUAUUUGUGGUGGACGGUGGUGAGACGGCUCUUCUGGAAGGACUUCGCGUGGCCCCUUGGGAGCGUGGAAGAGGCGUGGCUGGGGUGCUCCAGAGGUUCUGCAUCAAGUUGGUCAAGCAUCGAUACCCAAGCGUGAAAGUGAUGAGGCUCACGAGGGAUGACAAGCUGAGCGCCAAGGAACUCACCAAGUACCGGGUCAUUGCUAAGCAGGGCAUCCUACUGCUCAGUUUCAACGCCCCAGACCUUGCGUCGCGUCUUUCCUCCAUCCCUCUACCUCCCGCAGCUUCUCGCCCACCUCCACCCAUUGAACUGACUCCUGAAGAUGUUCGUGAUGUCUUCCUGGAACGAGGGGGCCUCCUGAAGGAUCUCCUGCCCAACCAAACCAUCAUUCAGGACUGGCAGCCGUUUCAGGCCUUGCCUGGCAACCAAGACCUGCUCCGACGCAAAACGCUGUGUUGGAUGGUGGAUGACCUGAUUCAACCUCAGGUGGCGACCCUCUGCACUGCCCCGUUCCCUGUACCCGCCGGUCCCCUCUGCUUCUACCUCAACAUCGAUGUCUUUGGAUCUGAGCUGCAGAGCGUCCAGGAGCAAUUGCUGUCCCACCUUCAUGCCCACGUUCCCAAACUUCCAGCGGAUGUGAGGUGCCAGCUCUUCUUGCCUCCUAACCUGUGGAGGCCCAUGGCUGAUUUUUGCACCCUGGUGCUGGGUUUGCACCUUGAGAAAGGAUACACAGAGCAGUAUCUCCUGGAGGCCGAUAUAUAACGAGUAUUAGUGGCACCCCAAGAUUCAACUUAGUCCUCAUCCCCUUAAUAACCUUCCAUAGCAGAAACCACAUCUCAAUGUAAAGAUCUGAGCCUCCAGACCUAGCAUAACCAUCAGCAUACGAAGUUCUCCCUUCCCUUCUCUUCCAAACUUACCACACUCACCGCUUGCACUUACAUCUAUGCUGUAGAGUAGGGGCGGAGUCUCUCCGGCUGAAGCUGAACUAUACGUUCCCAGCUCAGGAGGGAGAGAGUUGUAGUCGAGUAACAGCAGGAGAGAGGCUGCUGCAUUGUACAUAUGCCUACACCUAUAGGAGAGUACCCUUCUUCUAACGUUGCUUACAUUGCACUACAGUGUAUGUGUGUGUGCGUGUCUAUGUAUUUAAAACACACACGAGAGUGUGUACGUGUGAGAGAGAGUGUGUAUGUAUAUAUAUAUAUAUAUUUAUAUAUGAGAGAGGGCGGGGUUGACAAGGAAAAUAAUAAUGGGGGGCUGGGGGGUUUUUCUACUCUGCACUGAGAUAACUGAGCGUGUGAUAAUAUAUUGAUAUAUUUAUUGCACUUUGUACGGAGGGCGGGGGAUAGUAUUGCACUGUGUAUAUAUACAUACACACAUAUUUUCCGGUAUAUAUACAGUAGAUAUCGAUCUAUGUAUCUAUAUAUAUACGUGAUUACGUAUUAGUAUGCAAUAAUUUGCACUCCUCCAUGUCGACAUGAAUACUUCGAGUCUAGAUUAACUGUUUUAUAUACUGUGAAUUCAGGGUGUCACCGGUCCCCAUAGAGAAUAGACAGAGCAGCUUUUUAAUGGCCAAUGCCUGGGCCUAAUUAAAGGAACGCUGAAAUCAUAUAUAAAAAACAUAUAUUUGAAUUAAACUGGCCUCUGAGGAUAACAUAGAGGUGUUUUUGUGUAAGGUUUCAGUAUCCCUUUAAAUGGGCGUAUCCCUUUAAAUGAAACAGAUCUUGCCUCAAAACCCUUUAAUUAGGCCAUGGGGAUAGAGUAUCCACAUCCAAGCUGCUAGGAAAGAUAUCCCUUUCUACAGGGCUGCUAAUGUUAUAUCUGACAAAGCCCCGGAACCUGGAAUUGGAUUUUUCUUUUCAAUGAAAAUGGAAUCCUGGCAACUCUGGAAAAGAUCUGGCUCACCUGUUGGGGCUGAGCUUCAGCCAAUGACUGUGCUCGUCCUCCCCCAAAGGUCCGUAGGCGGGAAAUCCUCAUGAAUUAUAUACACACCUUGAAACUUUCAACCUCCCUCCAUGAAAGAAUCCAGACUCAUACUUACCAUAAAGCAGUCUUCUGAGGUGGCACUUAGAAAAGGCGGAGCACAGUGUUAGGAAUAGGCACUUAACAGGGAGAUUCCAUGACCGUGACCUUCUCGAGAUCCAUCAUGAAUGUGGCCCUCAAGACUGUACUUCCUCCCCUGCUUUUUUUGAUAACCAAUGACGGAGCUACGUGGCCUUUGGAAAAAAACAAACAAACCGUAUUUCAAUUGGACAGUAUUAACUAAACGGUUUAUAUCGUUUUUAAACUUUUUUUUAAAAAGCAUUACGGUAGACACGUAUGUCCCAACAUUGCAGAUACAGUAACCAGGCAACGGGAAAUGGUGAGAUGCCUGUCCACGCCCCUAUCUGUUCUCACUCCACCCAUUUUCCAGUACUUCCCACCCCUUUUUAUGACCAUUUGAGAGGUAUAGUCUACUGACUGUUAGGCUUCAUCAUCUCUAUGCUACUGUCCGACCAUGGCGGCACCAUGUUUGUUCAAUCGUUUGCUCAUCUUUUCAAGUGUCAAGGCCAUUGUUGGUUCCGAUACGUCGGGACGGCGAUGGGCGUCCAUCUUCCGACUCUCGUAUGAAGACUGCAACAGUGUUACGUCCAUAGUAUUAGUCCCAUAACCCCAUGACUACAUUGGUGUCUGAGUAUAUUUUGUGAGUGCAAUGGAGGCCUUGGAUUUUCAUUUUGCUCUAGGCCUUGCUGAUGCAGUAUAUUCACUAAAGGUGGUAACGUUGGCUGAUAGGGUUCACUGAGUUGGGUUGCCCCAAGCUAUGUUCCAUGACCAGGCCUUCAUACCCAAGAGAGAGCACUAUAGUUUUCAUCUCAUUCAACUGCGGACCAAGUUCCCACCCAAGUUCUCACCCCAUAGGUGAGAUGGGAGGAUGGAAAGAACCAAGCGGAAUAUACAAAAGCACACUGGGUCCCCCCCUUCAUUCACGUUCUUCUGCCCCAAAGAACACUAAUAAUAAAAUCUAAGCUGGUUUUGUAUUAAAACUCAUAUUGUAACACUCCCAAAGAUA